CUUGGCAUGGCGAUGCAAAAAUGGCGCUGCGAUAUUUCAAGUGUUUUCUACUUCUGUCAUCGAAAUGAAGAAAUGAAUAUUACGAUCGCUGAUUCGUCUUCUUCUAGGUUUUGACAGACAAGCUGAGUGUCUCUUAAAAAGUGUUGGUUGCCUUGCACCAUGACUGUUCUUACAAAGGUGAAGGUCAGCAAGAAGGAAGAUGAGCCAGCACAGACCCAUUUGGUUGAGCACAAAUCUGAGGACAAGUUAGAGAAAGGGCUGGCGGCGGCCGGUGAUGGCGAGGACGAGGUAGAUGCCGACACGGUGCGCUACAUGGUGCUGUCGCAGCGCGCGCGCCGUGUCAACGGCUCCAGCAUCUGCGUGCUGACCGGCAUCCUGCUGGUGUUCUCGGCCUGCCUGCUGUUCGGCCUGUUCUACUACCGACAGUCGCACCAGGUCAGGAGUGGCCGCCUGCACUCGUGGUGCAGCGUGCCGUUCCAGGUGGACCAGCCGACACUGCCUUCCAGUGAAGUCGAGGUGCUCUUCGACUCACCGCCCGGCGCCGAGCCUCGCACUGGCCCAGAGCCCAUCCAGGACAUGCAACCCAUCUUCCAUGAGGAGUUUGACAUCGACUUCGAGGCUGACACCGAGUCCAUGUUCGUUCCCAACUUCGAGCUCGGCUCCGGCGCUCGCUUCUUCAAUGACUUCAAGUUUACGCAGACGGCCAUCAUGCCCGAGGACCGCGACCUGUUUCCCGUCUGCCUGGUGAUGGAGCUCGAUGAGACCAUGUUCCUGCGGCCGCGCCCGCUGGCCGAGCGCGUCCGCCUCCUGGAGCAAGGUCUGGACGCUUCGCCGCUGGAGGUCACCCAGGAGAAGCUGGUGAUCCAGUUCCCCGCUCUGACUCCUGAGUCCGGCCGGCUCAGUCCGGCCAUCAGCCGGGCCUGCGACGGCGUCUCCAUCUUCAAACUGGAGCGUCGUGACGUGUUCAAGCGCUCGACGGAGGCCGAGGCGGGCACCCACUUUGCCGUGUUUGGCGGCAAGUCGGUGGUCCGAUACACCAUCACCAACCUGUCUGAGCUGCUGAAGAAGGAGUAGACGGGCCGAUCGGCGGGGCACCACCAGAGGUCACCAGUGGUGUCAACGGUCACCAGCGAUCACCAGCGGGUGCAGUCGGAGCAGACGGCACCCGCUGGCUGGCUGCCCUGGCGACGGCCGUCCGUGGAGCCUGCCCUGUAAGCUGUGCCCCGCCCGCGCCGGCGGCGCUGCUAGGUUAUUACUCUGGUAGGGCGCUGCUAGGGCAGCCGCCGUCAACUGGCGGCCCGGCUUCGAGGCGAGCGGCCGCUACUUCUGUGGCGCCGAGCGUUUGCCGCCGCUUGUCUCGCAAGACAAAUGUUUAGUCGUUUGCUUUAUGCUCCCCGGGGUCUGUGUCCAAGUGAGUGCAUGGGUUGAUUAGUCACAAUUUACUGGUGUCCGAGAUCAGAAACAUUCAGCAUACACAGUCAGUAUUGGCACUGAACACAUUAUCAUCGAAACAGAAAUAUCAAUAAGUGAAGAUUGGGUCGCAUGUCAAAACGCGAUCUCAAAAACAUGUAUUGUUUCGAGCGUAUAAUGCACUCACUUCGGACACAGACUCCCAAGUUAUAAAUAUACAUCUUAUUAUACGAAGCCAUCAUAUACCGCGUAUGUUUCUCGUUAGUUAAUGAUCUCCCGUAGCAAGCGUGGCUGUGUGGCGUAUACUUUCCCACUGUCUGGCUCGCUGGCUACCCGUGGAUGCUUUGCGGGAAGUCUCUAGACUAUGGCCGUUGUCUAAUCAUGUUUUGGGCAUCGCAAAUCAUUGUCAUGUUUAUUCAAGCGGGGUAUGGCGUGUUAAGCGCUAAAGCUGGCCGACCGUGACGAAUUCGUUCAAUUGGGUCAUUCUAGCCAAGAUUCAUUUUGGUUUGGGUCAUUCAAUGCAGGUUUUAUUCCGCUUUUCGUGUUGUCCUUCGACCAUAGGACUGGGAUCACAGGGGAAGGGGAAAUGCUAUUUCAAUUACUUCUUGCUAAUGAUGUGGAUAUAUUUUCGUCUCUGUGACUCCGUCUCCAAUUGUCCAGCUGAUAAUGGUUCUUCAUCAGGCAUGUAGUGAAUGACCCCAUUCGGGGUAGAGUUGUGCACGGGAGAGUUGUGCACUACCUGUUUUGGGUAUGUGUUUUGAGAGGCAGUUACCAAAAGGAUUGGGCUUGCACGGAAAUUGUGCGAAUGGUUGCUUGGUGCUUCAAAGCUUUCUUCAAUGUUCUAUGUAAGCCGGGCUUACAUGUAGUUAACAACAUAUUUUAUCUUAGCACACAUACAUGGCUCGAAAAUUGUCUCGUGUGUCCAGGAUGUACAAAUGUUAUGCAUUCUUUCGGUUAAAAAGCUAACGUGACUGUUGUCGACACUAAUUCGUACAGGGCUGUGGAAGCACAUGCACGUUAGGGUUAGCAACACUUAAAUCGUAGUCAAAUUGGACCAUCGUCAUUGCAGCGCCGUUUCACAUUAUUGGAUGUUAUUAAUCAUGUCUUGCGGUCUGUCUCAGGGCGAUGAGAUUUACGCACAUUUUAUCUUCAUUCGGCUCUUGCUUGGUUCACCGCCGUUGCUGUGGAGUAUCUGAUCCGUGGGGAUCUGUAGUAGUAGAUCCGUACAGAUGCCCUUCACAGGAGGUGAUCGUAUCGUUUCCGACGGUGCGAGAACUCCCGAAAGGUCCGAGUAUCUGCGGGACGAUGCCUCCGCCUAAAAAACAACGGGUGUGCCCAUUGCGCGCUGUCAGUUAUCACCAAAUACAGACAACCCUACUGUC